AUGGCGGACCUUAGGCAAACCUGUCCUGAGCAUUCGUCCUAUCGCGUCCAUGUCUCACAGAAAACGUCUAUUCAGAGGAGGCUUUUCAUCCUGCUAUGCGUACUACUCGUGGACUCCGGAGGAGCCACUACUCACUGGGUAGUCACGGAAGAUGGGAAAAUCCAACAGCAAGUUGACUCUCCUUUGAAUCUCAAGCAUCCACAUGACGUUGUGAUCUUCAUGAGACAAGAGAACCGGGUUAACAACCUCAAGAAACUAGAGAAACAGCUGGUAGCACAGAAGAUUCACAUUGAGGAAAAUGAGGACAGGGACACGGGGCUGGAGCAGAGGCACUAUAAAGAGGAUGCUGACUGCGUCAUGGCCAAGGUGCCCCUUGGAGACCUGGACCUGUACGAUGGUACUUAUAUCUCCUUGGAGAGCAAAGACAUAAGCCCAGAAGAUUAUCUAGAUUCUAGGUCACCUCCUCCUCAAGAUCUGGAAAGACCUGACUGCGCCAAAGCGUUUGAGCUUCCCUAUAGUAUUCAUGCUUUCCAGCAUCUUAGGGGUGUGCAGGAAAGGGCAAAUCUAACCUCCCCGCUGCUUUCUAAGGAGGAUCCCAUCUUUAGCUCCCUGUCCCAUAAGCUUGGCCGCAGCAUUGAUGAGGUGGGCCAUCGUAUCCACCAGGCUUUACUGAGGAACUCAACAUCCUGGGUGAUAUACAACUUGGCAUCCUUCUACUGGCGCAUGAAGAAUGAGCCACGGAAAGCGGUGGACUGUGUGGUGCGCGCCCUGCACUUUUCCCCAAGGCAGCAUAAGGAUGUAGCCCUGGUUAACAUGGCCAACAUCCUGCAUCGUGCCCACUUCUCAGCAGAUGCUGCCAUCCUGGCCCAUGCUGCCCUGGACCUGACGUCCGAUCUUUUCACCAGCCACUACACUCUUGGAAACAUUUAUGCUAUGCUUGGGGAAUACAACCACUCGGUACUUUGCUAUGAGCAGGCACUGCAGGCCAAGCCAGGCUUUGAGCAGGCCCUCAGGAGGAAGCAUGCUGUGCUCUGUCAGCAAAAAUUAGAGCAGCGACUCGAAGCCCAGCACAGGUCCUUGCAGCGUACACUGAAUGAGCUGAAGGAGUACCAGAAGCAGCAUGACCACUAUCUGCGCCAGCAGGAGGUGCUGGACAAACACAAACUGCUGCAGGAAGAGCAGAUCCUGCGCAACAUCAUCCACGAGACCCAGAUGGCUAAGGAGGCCCAGCUAGGUAACCAUCAAAUGUGUCGUUUGGGCCAGCAGCAGCACAGCCUCUACUGUCCCUUUGACCUGCCUGUGCGCUAUCAUCGCGGUGACCUGUUUGAACAUGUCCACUAUGUCCAGUUUGGCGAAGAGGUUUCUGUGGCAUCCAGUGUGGCUCUAGUAUCUGAGCGCAGCUCCAACCAGACAGCAGCCAGUCCUCAACUCCACCCCUCUGUGUCUGGAGACCAGGACCCUGUAGCUGCCCUCUGGGGCAACCACCAGGCAUACUCACAGGACAUACAAAGGGUGCUGUGGCCUCAGAGGGCAGACUGUGCCCAUGAGUUCCCUAGCCUUCCCCCUGCCCAUCUGCUACCAACUUUCUACCUCCCACCUGAGACCGAGGGCCACAGCCCAGUGUCAACUGUCCUCUAUGGAAGCAGCAGUCCCCCUCAGACUGUAGCCUUGCCAGACUGCAGCCCUGUUUCCCAACCACCCCCAGCCCUCCUGCCUGCCUCCCUGGAUUGGCCUUUGGAGCGUGUGGAGCUGCCAGACCCCUUUGCUGCACAGGUACUGCAGUCACGCAGUGGAGGUUGGACCAUGGAGCAGAUUGGUUCCAGAAUAGCUCAAGCUUUGAAACAGGCCAAUGCCCCACGCUGGCAUGUCCACAAUGAGGCAGCUCUGUUUUGGAGGGCCAAAGGCAAUGGCAGCCGUGCCCUGCAGUGCCUGCGCCAGGCGUUGAACUCAGCCCCACCUUCCCACCACCACCUGGCCCUCAGCAAUGCCGCUAACCUGCUGCUGCAUCAUGGCUUGGCUGUCCAUGCACACACACUGCUGGAACAAGCACUGGCACUAAAUGCCACAGAGCCCCACACCCUGCUCAGCCUGGUGAGCGUGCAUUUAGCCCAAGGCAAUGUGACGGGAGCUCUGGCCCUGUUCCGCCUCAUCUUGGAGACGGCCCUUUCGUCCUCCUCUUCAGCCUCAUCUUUGGCAAGCUGCGAGCAAUGCCGGGUCAGCCUACCUCUGCUGCGCUGUCUGCAGUUCUACCCCUUCCUCUACAACCUUUCACAGCGGCAGUCCUGCCCACAGGGAGGUGUCUGCAUGGUAGAGGAAGACUUGGGCAUACAGCUGGAAGAGUGGGAGACCAGCAGUGAGGAGAAGCAGGACCCACCAGCUGUAUCCGCUAUGGAAGAGUCCCUGCUCUUUGAAAAAGUUGUCCUGGACAGCAAUGGCUCAGGUGAAGCAGCUAGCCAACAACGGGGUUCUCCCUCUGCCGUAGGGGCAACUAAAACCAGUACCGCAGUAGGAGGUGGAGGAGUAGAUGGUGAAGAGGAAUGGCAGCUGAAAGAGGAUCUAAUGGGAGCCUUUGAGGGGGCCCUGGAUGUAGGAGGUAAAAGAGGGGACCUGCGAGGUAUCCGCGUGCUGAAGAAUGACCGCGUUAUGGGGGCCCGAGCCGGGGGAGGCCCCUGCUUUGGAAACUGUGAGGACGAUGAUGGGGCAGAGUGGAUCACUUUCCAGGUGAAGAGGGUGAGGAAGGCCAAGGUGGAUGGGACUGAGGGUGGGACCAGCUCUGAUGACGGCCUGCAGGGGCAGUCUCUGCCUGGGGGACACUCUGUGCUUGAGAUCAGUGGGCCAACUAUCCCAUCACCCGGCCCUUCAGGCCGGUGGAGAGACUACACCAGUCUGGGCUGGCCAGGACCUGAGGAGUGCCAGCGAACACGAAGAGUGGAUCUCACCACUGUAGCAAGCACUUGGUUGGCUGUUUCUGCCAAGAACAUAGAUAUCACUGAACACAUAGACUUUGCCACUCCACUCCAGGAGCCAGCUGCUGAGCCUUUAUGCAAUGCUAACUUAGCUGCUAGCAUGCACACCUUAGACCACCUUGCAGGGGUAGCCAACCGCGCGGCCAUCCACUACACUGGUGAGAGCCAGCUUCGGGAGGUGCUGCAGAACCUCGGCAAGGAUAAGUUCUCCCCUCAGUCCUUUGAGCAGGUCGGCACACGCAUUGCCAAGGUGUUAGAGAAGAAUCAGACAUCAUGGGUGUUAUCCAGUAUGGCUGCCCUUUACUGGAGGGUGAAAGGCCAGGGCAAGAGAGCCAUUGACUGCUUGCGCCAGGCCCUCAACUGCGCCCCUCAUCAUAUGAAGGAUGUUCCCCUGAUAAGCCUGGCAAACAUCUUCCAGAAUGCUCGCCUAUGGGAGGAUGCCCUGACCGUGGCCCGCAUGGCCGUGGAGAUUGCCCCGCACUUUGUCGUAAACCACUUCACCCUAGCUAAUGUAUAUAUAGCAAUGGAGGAGUUCGAGAAGGCCAUGCACUGGUAUGAGUCCACUCUGAAGCUGCAGCCAGAGUUCGCCCCCGCCAAAGACCGCCUAAGAACUAUUCAGUGUUACCUGCUCACCAAGAGGGAACGCCGCCAGCCCUGAACCACUAAACCGUUUUGAUCCCAGGAGUAGCCCACACACACACACACACACACACACACACACACACACACACACAAGCACAUGUUAGUAGACUGCAACUUAUUUACGCACAAGAAACAGGGUACUUAUUUCUAGUGCAUUGGUGUUUGAUGUCCAAUGAAAUCGGGAAUUUUUUUUUUUUUUGGAUUUAUUAACAUGUUUAUGAAAAGUCAAAACCCGUUGAAAAUAGGCUUGAAAAGCUACUAAGUAAAACUGUAGAUAAUUUUGCCCCACAUCAUUUCAGUUGUAUGGAAGAACUUUUGUCAUACAAGUGUCCAUAAAGACAGUAGAUAUUUUAAUGUUUUUACAAAAGGAAGUGACAUCCUAACCAAAGGGAAUACUGGUAUAUGAUGUUGCACAACUCUUCCAAGGCAAUACAGCUAUUGUUUACUUCAUGUAUGUGAGUUGUGGCCUCAAGAUGGCGCCAUAUUUUAACUUAAUUUGACGUUUUAAUGCAGAGAGGGUUUUUUUUCUCACGAAGUCUUGCUGAGAUGGUAACAGAUGUUGCUUCUUUAUUCAAGGGUUAAAAGAGGUUGAUUUGAAUGAUGGCCUAAAUGCCACUUUUGUGUCUGUUUCAUACAAGGAAUUGAAAUUUUCAGUUUUUGCACUUUUUAGAUCAUUCCUAUUUAUGUGGGACCUAUAAGAUAUUUAAUUUUGCUGCAAGCAAAUAGUACCUUUCAAAAAUGUUGAAAUGAAAUAUGCUUCAUUUGCUUUUUAAUUUAUAAAAGUCACCUGGCAGAAAAGAUUCGCCAUUGGCCAUCUUUAAAAAAAAAAACUCAAAACUUGAGAUCUGUAUUAAUAAUUGUACAGUGUAAUGGCAGUGUGUGAAUAUAACUCCAUCAGUACAUAUUUUCCAAUGCAUCCAUUCAUUGUCUCUUUGGGAAAUAAACUCAAGGUGUCCCAUCUCCUUGAAGCUUAUGUUGA